AUGUCUAGUGCUACUCUUAAGGACCUCGCUGAGGCUGUGAAGGCUGGUCAGAAGCUCAUCAUUGUUGAUGUUAGAAGUGAUGAUGAAGUGAAGAAUAAGCGUAGAGACUCCCGAGUGUUUCUAUGGGCGUCAAACCCUGGCAGCAUCCAUAUCCCUAUCGCUGAGUUCAACGACAGGAUGAGUGAAAUUCCCGAGGGCCCUGUCAUCGUUCACUGUGCUGUCGGAAUGAGAGCUAAGCGCGCUGGUGACGCGUUGAGAGCAGCUGGUUAUCACCCUGUUGUGGAUGUGACUGAUUGCGCUGCAGCUAAGGAGACUGUUAAGAAGGCUGAGGAGCUCGCGAAGAGAAUGUGA